CUUCACACACAUCUGUCAGCGUUGCUCAUCUGCUGUUAUCCCGGCGCGGAUUGUAAAAUGUCUUCUGUGGAAGAAAUGUCCAACUCUGUGAGGGAGGAUCUGAAGGAGGAAGGAGGUGAAGAGGAGAAUGUAGAGGAGGAGAUGGAGAUGGACUUUGAGGAGCAUGUUAAAGGAGCUUAUUUACUCUACAAGGACAGGAAAGAGUGGGCCGAUCUAGAUCCUGUUCCUCAAGACGAUGGACCCAACCCAGUGGUGAAGAUUGCUUAUUCAGAAAAAUUCACAGAUGUGUUUGACAUGUUCCGGGCGCUCCUGAAGAAAGAUGAAAGGAGUGAGAGAGCGCUUGCACUGACCGAUGAAGCCAUCGAUCUCAAUGCCGCCAAUUACACAGUGUGGCACUACAGGAGAGUUUUACUUCAGACUUUAGGUAAAGACCUGAGAGAGGAGAUGAAGUACAUCACAGCCAUCAUAGAAGAUCAACCUAAGAACUACCAAGUCUGGCACCACAGGAGAAUGGUGGUGGAGUGGUUACACGACCCGUCAGAGGAGUUGCAAUUUGUAGCAGAAAUUCUCAGUCAAGAUGCGAAGAACUACCACGCGUGGCAGCACAGACAGUGGGUCAUCCAGGAGUUUAAACUGUGGGAUGGAGAGUUGGAGUACGUGGAGGAGCUGUUAGAAGACGACGUGAGGAAUAACUCUGCCUGGAAUCAGAGACACUAUGUCAUAAGUCACACCAGCGGAUACUCUGACCCUGCGGUCCUGGACAGAGAAGUCCAGUACACACUAAAACAAAUACAGAAAGCGCCUCACAACGAAAGUGCCUUGAACUAUUUAAAAGGGAUUCUGCAGGAUAGAGGUUUGUCCUCAUACCCCGGACUGCUGGAACGGGUGACCGAGAUUCAGGACUCGUGCGCUUCUCCGUAUCUCAGCGCCUUUCUGGUCGAUCUGUAUGAAGACGCUCUAGAGACCAACAACUCCAGCAGCAAUCAGCAAGAAACUCUUAAGAAGGCCCUGGAGCUCUGUAAGUUGUUGGCAGAGGAGAAGGACACCAUAAGAAGGGAAUACUGGAACUACAUUGGCCGCUCUCUCCAGAACACCUAUGGCUCAGAAGACUCCGCCCCCUGCUCAUCUGACCCGCCCCCUUCAUCAUCCCAUCAGUCUGUCGCAGAGAUCAGUGACCCAUGAGCUUCACCACACACUUGAAAUACUAAGAACUGAGAGGACUCUUCAUACGUGUGUGUGAGAUCAGGCUUGCAGUGAGCCUGGCAGCGCUUGUACGUCAAAGAAACGUCUAAAACUUCAGUUCGCCAUAUAAAAACACAAUCAUACCUUUAAAGAGAGAAUUCAUCUAAAAAAUGACAAUUCUUUCAUCAUUUAUUCACCCUCAUGUCAUUCAAACAUGACUUUCUUCUGCAGAACUUGAGUAACCAAACUAGUCCUAUACAGGUUCUGAAUGACACGCGGGUGAAUAAGUGAUCACAGAAAUAUUAUUUUCAGAUGAACUAUCGCUUUCAGUGAAGGAGAAUGGAACGAAUUUGUCCGGUAAAUCACAACAGCCAUCUUUCGUUUGAGCUAUCAUGUGCUUUGGCUUUCUACAGUCAAAGGUCUUGUGUCAUUUAUCAGAACAUGCUUCAGGUUCUUAUUGCCAAAAUAAUCUGCUGUCCUGCAAUUAAUUUCAAACACUGCUCAACCUGUAACUCUACACACAUUUUUGUAUCUUCAUAAAUAAUAAUCAUUCAUUCUAAAGGUUUAUUUCUUGUCCUACAUUUCCUGUUUCCCGACCGAGAUGAAAGGAAGAUGUGAACGCGGUUUUGACGUUUGUUGUUUAAGAUCGUUUGAUUUCAGGCUGAGUCUGCCAACAUUUCAUUAACCUUUAAAAAGACAGAAAUGCUUUUAGAUCAGAGUUAAACCUCCGGUAAUUACAUCUUACAAACACGAUAACUAACACGACAUCUGAUGCGUUUGAUAGUGUGUUGUACAUCUAAGAGCUCACAGAUGCUUGGUUAUGAGCUGGAAUAGAUGUGUUUGGUCGUAGUGUGUUGAAGGUAUUUCUGCGAGUCCUAGACGUCAUCCGCAGGCUUUUAUCGCAUGUUCUGUGUUGACUUUUAAGGACGGUCUGCAGAACUUGAGGGAUGGGAUUUAAACACGGUGAAGUGAAGCUUAGCAUAUUACACAGACCCUGGUUUCAGAAAAUAAUCAAGUAAAUCCAAACCGUACAAAAUGUGUAAUACAUGAAUGACAGGGUUUUCUGCAGGGCUUAUGUCAAGUGUCCUAUAAAAAAAUGUUUGUUCUCAUAAAAAAAGCGUACUCUCCUGCAGGGUCUAGAUGCAAACUUAGUGAAGAUCAGAUAAAGUAGUCGGAACCGAUCACCUAAUCUUCCGAUAUAUGGCGGGUUAGAGCAUGGCGCUAGCAACGGCAAGGUCAUGGGUACGAUCCCAGGGAUUGCACAUAUUUCAUAGUUCAAAUCCCGGUUCGUGGUCAUUUCUCGAAUCCACUCCACGUCUCCCUCCCACUUGAAUUCACUGUACGGUCUAAAUAAAGGCAAAAAAGCUGGGGAAAAAUCUAAAAAAACAAAAACAUAUCACAAAGUAAUAUACACCGACCCACACAGGGUUUUCUAAGUGUGUCAUUUAUUGAUUCUGUUCUUGAGUCAUUCGGCUCUUUCAUUUUUAUUAUGGAAACCAAUUAAAGUGUUAAACUCUUAAGUCUUGAAUCCAUUCUGCAGAUUUCCCUCAGAUUCAUUGCGGGAAACGUGAAAAUACAAUAAAUUCUGGGCCCGCUUACAAGCCAAGAUGUGCAUGCCACAGAAUCGCCAUCAAGAAUGAUGAACACCUUAAUCAUUGGGGCAAACAAUUUAUUUUUUAGAUUUGUACAACCAAUACUUCUCUACCUGCAUAUCAUUAACAAUCUGUUAUUUUUGAAGAGAGCCGCUUAUUGCUUCACUCUAGGCCACUGCAGGUAUGAAGAAGGCUUUAACAAUAUCAAUGAUAUUUCUGCUUUAUUAACACAAACCGUUUGCUUUUAUGUUUUUUUUUUUGUAACAAACACUUGUGUUUACUGAUGCAAGCCCUGAUUUCAACAGUACAUAUCAGGGCAGCCUUCCUGAAGUACACCAAGGGUGUAAUGAUGCUGUUUGAGAGACACUCGUGUGAUGAAGAGCCUGCGGGGGGGUUUCAAGUGUUUAUAGUGUUGAGCUCUUGCUCUUGACGAGAUUCUUACUGUAAUAUUAUGUCACACUGUUGAAUUCCUCUGGUCUGCUUACUAAAACAAGUACCGUGGUGUUGUAUAUGGACUCUGGUACUGAAGGAUUAUUUUCAUGUUCCUUGGAAUUUACUAAAUACACCGUUUUAGCAUGUCCAACAUUUAGAUGCGUUGUUGGUCAUUGUAUGUUUGCAAUAUAAGAAGGCUUGUGCUUCAAUAAAUUGCUACUUUUGUUGAA